AUGACUUCAAGACAGUUUGAUGAGGAGAAGUGCAGGAACGUACUUGUGAGAUACUGCGGGCAUGUUCCAAGAAACUACCAGUACAAGGACGGUAUUCAACAGGUCUUCCUUCUGCUGCGAGAUCAUCUGGGCGAUGAAGAUUUGGAUCUUGCUGGCGGCGUCUUGUACGAGUUGAUUGAGAUUGACUGCGAGCACACACACGAUCCUGGAGCUGCGUUUCAGCGAUGGCGCCAUGAUCACAUGAGUCGAUAUGAACAGUCCGACCUCGAACUACCACACGUACCACAUAUGAUGACCAUCACUUCUUCCAUCGUCCCCACCGAUCGACUUUCCAGAUGGCGCCAGGAACACCCAGACAGGUACCCUUUUGUCCUCUCGGACCACAAGCCCCUCCAAGAGCGAUUUUCGGCCGAACGUAAUGGAAUUCGCAACCGGAAGCCAUGGCUGAUAGAGAACACCUUCUUUGUCUCGUCCCACACAGAAGGAACUCUCCCCCUUACCAAUCCGAAUCCAAAGGAGUUUCACGAAAUGCAAUGGCGCGGGCAUCAUGGCGAAGUUGGGAGGUUUCUUCACGAAAGAGAGAUAUCAACUACCAAUUCCGAGCAGUACACAGUCUCCACUCCAGCUGGCGUAGCUACUUCCAAAAGUAGCAUGGAAAAGAAAUCUCGGGCGUCGAGAAUCAGUCUUUUGAACAAAUUCGUGGGCAGGGGUUCCAGGGACAAACAAGAGCCAGAUCCGGAUCAGCGUCGACGGAGCUGGUUGCCCACCACGCUCUUUGAGUCAAAGCCACCAUCACAGGAUGGUCUUGAUGGCUCUGGUCAAGAUGCUGUGCCACUCCCAGACGGUUGCCACGUACCACAUGCUAUUUUCGCCCGGAAACACCUUCUCGUAGACAGCGAAAAGUCAUUGCCAUCACACCCGCCUAUCAACAGAAUGCCUAUAGCCGAAUCAAAGGCGACCGAAAGCUGGACUGACACGACGAGUUUGGAGCGAGACUUCAGGGGACCCUUUACUCCACAGCUUGGUUUUGAUGGUGGGCGAGAUUACAGAUGGACGGUGAGCGACUGCAACAUGACGACUCCCACUAGAAGAACGACACCAGCUUUCCGGCACGAUGGCAAUCCCCCAAGACUCAAAGUAGAUCCUUUUGCCCAGGCUGAGUCGGGAUCACAUACUCGAGCCAAGCGAAGGGGUUUCCAUAUGGGCUACAACAAUGCGCUCGAUUGGCUUUCAGGUCAUGAUCAAACAACUCCUACUCAAACGAGACAGGCCCCAAGCAAUAUGCAAGAUAUCUCGCCCGCAAUGCCGCAACAAGGAAGCCCCUCUAGUUACCGAAGGAACAGGCACCGUUGGCAAAACUCACUCCAUCUUGAUCAUGUGCAAUUCGUGGUGCCUGCUACCGCAGGAAAUCAGACGCCGCCGCCAAAUCGAAAGACUACAGUUGUGCAGGUGUCGCCUUCACCCCCAAGCUUGCCAGCCGUGCGAAGAAUGACAUCCAUUGCAGAUGAUUUGGCACACCCUCUGGGGUCCAAGCCAUCGUGCUUGUCAAACACGAGUACUUUGAUACCCGAUGAUUCAUGA